AUGCAGUCAAACGUCGACUUCCCGUUCAGUAGAUCUGGCGUCCCGAACACAAACAAUCGAUCAUCAAGCAAUAAGCCAGCCAACAGGCACAGCCCCGGUGAUGCCUGGAGUAUGCCACUGGUAUACAGAAGGCAGGCAUAUCCUGCCGCCACUCCUUCCAGUGCAAGUAACGGACCCCAGCAAAUUCGGAGUCGAAUGAGGAUUGGCACCGUCCUCAAUGAGGACGAUGAUACCGACCGAUCCACGUCGCCUUCGACAGCAUCAUCAUCGUGGUCGCCGCCGCCGCCAUCAUCGCAGACUUCUCACAGCCAACGUUUGCCCAAACCGCCACGGGCCCGCAGAAGUAGGACUAAGUCAACACAUGGCAAAUCGACCAAGAAGGGUCCUCCGCGGCCUUGCCGCCCAUACUCAAAUGAGAAACAGAUUGCAAUCUGGUACUUCCGGAAGGACAUGGCUUUCGAUUGGGACAUUGUGGAAGCAAAGUACAACAGCGUGUUUCAGGACCAGCGCUCUUUGGGAGCUUUGCGUUGUCGAUUCUACCGCGUUCUCAGUGACUGGGGCGUGGAGAAAGUCAGAGAUCAGUUCCAUUCCCGCACAGGAAGGAACGAUCCAGCUGACGCUGACACCGCCGCAUAUGGCGUCGUAGUGAGUCUCGUCGCGGAAAGAGUGAUCAUCGCUGACGUUCACAGGAACGCACAGAUUGUGUGUCUCCAUGGAUGCGACCGGAACACCAAGUUCGUGCCGUUCGCCGCGGUGCAAGUAAUCGUCUAG